AUGUCUCAGCCCACCACUUCGUCCAAUUCCAGUAAGCGCUCCUCCCCUUAUUCCUCCUCCUCCACCACCACCACCACGGGCGACGGCGGAGCCCCAAUUUCACCGGCAAUGAAGAAGGCCAAGUCGCAGGCGCUAGCUUAUUCGCUCGACAACAAGAAUGGCCAACAGAGUGUACCUCAUGUUCACUUCGAUCCUUCCGCUAAUUCUUCAAUGAUUGAUGACGAUUCAAAUGAUGCCGUUUUGGAUGCGUCUGCUUCGUCUAAUUCUUUUGGCAGAGGAGUUGGUGGUGGUGGUGGAGUCACCGCGAAUUUGGCGAGGAAAAAAGCAACGCCUCCUCAACCUGCGAAAAAGCUCGUCAUUAAGCUCGUUAAAGCCAAGCCGAUGCUGCCAACUGAUUUUGAAGAAAAUACGUGGGCAACACUUAAGUCAGCUAUCAGUGCCAUAUUCUUAAAACAGCCAGAUCCAUGCGACUUGGAGAAGCUCUAUCAGGCGGUCAAUGACCUCUGCCUGCACAAAAUGGGUGGUAGUCUCUAUCGUCGGAUUGAAAAGGAGUGUGAAUCAUACAUAUCUGCUGCACUGCAAUCUUUGGUUGGCCAAAGUCAAGAUCUUGUGGUUUUUUUAUCACUUGUUCAGAAGUGGUGGCACGACUUUUGUGAUCAGAUGUUGAUGAUUCGUGGUAUAGCAUUAUAUCUUGAUCGAACAUACGUGAAACAAACCCCGAAUGUGCAGUCAUUGUGGGACAUGGGUUUGCAGCUUUUCCGCAAACAUCUUUCUUUAGCUUCGGAAGUGGAGCACAAAACUGUAUUUGGUCUUCUGAAAAUGAUUGAGAGUGAGAGAUUAGGUGAAGCAGUUGAUAGAACUCUUCUUAACCAUCUUUUGAAGAUGUUCACUGCAUUGGGAAUAUACCCAGAAAGCUUUGAGAAGCCUUUCCUUGAAAGUACAUCUGAAUUUUAUGCUGCUGAAGGUGUAAAAUACAUACAACAGUCAGAUGUUCCGGAUUACUUGAAACACGUGGAGAUAAGGUUGCAAGAAGAACAUGAUAGAUGCUUACACUAUUUGGAUGCUAGUACAAAAAACCCAUUAAUAGCAACUGCAGAAAAGCAACUUCUUGAACGUCAUAAAUCUGCAAUUCUUGAUAAGGGUUUCGUCAUGUUGAUGGAUGGAAAUCGUAUAGAGGAUCUCCAGAGAAUGUAUACGCUUUACUCCAGGAUCAAUGCCCUAGAAUCUUUUAGGCAGGCCCUUAGUCAGUACAUCCGAAGAACUGGGCAGGGCAUGGUCAUGGAUGAAGAAAAAGACAAAGAUAUGGUAUCUAGUUUACUGGAAUUUAAAGCAUCUCUUGAUAGGAUAUGGGAAGAAGGCUUUUUCAAGAACGAGGCAUUUAGCAAUACCAUCAAGGAUGCAUUUGAGCAUCUUAUUAAUCUUCGUCAGAACCGACCUGCUGAGCUAAUUGCAAAGUUUGUGGAUGAGAAGCUUCGUGCUGGAAACAAGGGCAUUUCAGAGGAGGAACUUGAGGGUAUACUUGAUAAAGUCUUGGUUUUGUUCAGGUUUAUACAGGGUAAGGAUGUAUUUGAAGCGUUCUAUAAGAAAGAUCUUGCAAAAAGGCUUCUGUUGGGGAAAAGCGCCUCUAUUGAUGCAGAGAAGUCCAUGAUUACUAAGUUGAAAACUGAGUGUGGCAGCCAGUUUACAAAUAAACUUGAAGGAAUGUUCAAGGACAUUGAAUUGUCAAAAGAGAUCAAUGAAUCAUUCAAGCAAUCAUCCCAAGCUCGGACAAAACUACCAUCAGGAAUCGAGAUGAGUGUCCAUGUCUUAACGACAGGAUACUGGCCAACAUAUCCACCCAUGGAUGUUCGGCUGCCACACGAACUCAAUGUAUAUCAGGAUAUUUUCAAGGAGUUUUACUUGAGCAAGCACAGUGGAAGGCGAUUAAUGUGGCACAAUUCAUUGGGUUAUUGUGUGCUGAAAGCAGAAUUUCUGAAAGGUAAAAAGGAGCUGGCUGUUUCUCUAUUUCAGACGGUUGUGUUGAUGCUAUUUAACGAUACACGAAACCUUAGCUUUCAAGAUAUUAAGGAAUCUACUGGCAUUGAGGAUAAAGAGCUGAGGAGGACUUUGCAAUCACUUGCAUGUGGAAAAGUCCGUGUUCUUCAGAAAAUUCCCAAGGGGAGAGAUGUGGAUGAUGAUGACUCCUUUGUGUUCAAUGAUCAAUUUACUGCUCCUCUCUAUCGUAUAAAGGUAAACGCCAUUCAGAUGAAGGAAACAAUUGAGGAGAAUGCUAGCACUACUGAGAGGGUGUUCCAAGACCGGCAAUACCAGGUUGAUGCUGCUAUUGUUCGGAUUAUGAAGACGAGGAAAGUGUUGAGCCACACACUCUUGAUAACUGAACUUUUUCAGCAGCUCAAGUUCCCCAUAAAACCGGCUGACUUGAAGAAAAGGAUCGAGAGCCUGAUAGACAGGGAGUACCUGGAGCGUGACAAGAAUAACCCUCAAAUAUACAACUACCUUGCUUGA